AAAUAUUAUAGGUUCCAAGAAUAAUUUAUACUUUCAGUGUUAAUUUUCCCAUAAAUAGGAUGUGUUUCAAAUAUUUUUUAACAAAAAGAAAAAGUUGGGACCUACCUUAAUAUAUAAAAGAAUAAAUUACUUCUGAAGAAAAUUAUCAGGCAGUAUAUUUUCGUUUUAGGCACAGGCAUUUGAUUCCAGAAAAAAUGAUUUGUUUUCUUUGUGAAUUUAUAUGAAAUAUAAAAGCGAAUCAAUACUAACUCUCAAAAAUGAGUGUUCUUUUUAUAGCAAGCAUUUAAGGUAAUGAAGUGCUUAGUCUCCAGGGUUCUCUCCUGUGCCACGGUCUUGGCCGCCAAGUCACACUGCAGUGUUCUUGCGGCAGUGAUGACCUCUCCCGCAGAGAGGCAUGUGCGGAAGGGGACUUGGAACAAGGCUUGUGCCAGACAGUAGUUCUACUAGAGAAUAAGAAGGACGGAUUGUCAGACUGUGUGAUGUUUAAAGGCUAAUUUAGGAAAGAUAAUUUAAAGAAAUUAAAAACAAAAAAGCUGUGUACAUAAUCCUAAAGGAAGUUAUAUCCUUUAGGAAAACGCUUGUGUAAAAUACUGAUAUUUUAGUUAAUUUCUUUGAACAGGGGCGCCUGGGUAGCUCAGUUGGUUAAGCAUCUGCCUUUGGCUCAGGUCAUGAUCCUAGGGUCCUGGGAUCGAGUCCCAUGUCGGGUUCCCUGCUCGUUGGGGAACCUGCUUCUCCCUCUGCUUGUGCUCUCCUCCCAACCCCCAAAAUGAAUAAAUGAAAUCUUAAAAAAAAUUUAUUUGAGCAAAGUCUUAGGGAUAUUCAUGGAGGUAUGAAUAAUUUAAGAGACUAGUUUUUUCAUGGGAACAGAAGUUCUGUAAAAUUGCUGAGACAAAACCUUUUGUGCCCCAGGAGCUGGGAGCAGACGGCAGUCAGGGGAGCUGGUGGAUGGGCUGGGGCAGCAGGCAGGAGGCUUUCAGGGCCAGUGAGGAAGCAUGAAAGAAGUUAAAGCUGGAGAGUGUUAAUACAUUUGUGCUUGUAGAUGAUAGCAGCCCACCUGGCAGCUUCUGGGAUGGGAGAGCUUGCUGGAGGUCGAGCUCUAUAAACUCUUAACCAGCCAGUUUUGGAGACUCUCCAGGUUGGCGAAAGCUUCCACCUGCUGGAGGGUAUGCACCCCACCUCCUCGGGGACAGGGAUAAUGCACUGGGAACCCUCUGGGACCUCCCCCAUGUACCUUUUCAUCUGACGACUCAUUUUUGUUCUUUAUAACAGACCAGUAAGCCUAAGUGAAGUUUUUCCUAGAUUCUAGAGCCAUUCUAGAAAAUUACCAAACCUCAUUUGGUAAUUGAGGGUUGUGGGAACUCCUGAGCCUGCGGUAUUCCCAGCAGAAGUGUGAAUAGACCAGUGCUGCUUUUGUGGCUGGCAUCUGGCGUAGAGGGGGGCUUUGUGGGAUCUGAUGUUGACUCCAGGAAGAGAGUGUCCGGACACACCCGGUCUCUGCCAGAGAAUUAGUUACUGGUAUGAAAAAAAGACUAUGUAAUUGAAUGUUUGGAUUUUCGAAAUAAGACUAUUGUCUAUUACCGGGUGACGGUCAUUAACUAGGUGUAAGGAAUGGCUGGGUCAGGGUGUGAGGCAGAACUGACCAAGUGGGAGUCUCAGUCUCCGAUACUUCGGAGCACAAGCCGCGUAACCAGGCACUGGACAGGGCUUGCAUACGCAGUUGGAACAAAACUGCAUUAUUUUGUUGUGGAUGCAUGUGGGAGGGAGUACAUGGGGUUCAAAGUGGGCAGGAAAGAUGAUGGAAUUAAGGGCUGGUAGACUGCAGGGGGCCCACAGGUAGGAGGAGUGAUUCUGAGCAGCUGCCGAAGGGAGGGCCGGCAGGGAUUGCUGCAGGGGUCUCUGGUUCAUGAUCUGACACGGCGCUCCUGCCCAGACCUAGGGGUGGCUUCUACCCCUGAAGAGGACCGUGUGUAGAAAUUGGAGUUGGGGAAACAGACCAAAUUCAAGUGCUAGCUGUGUCCCUCUUUAGCAGUGUAAGUUUGUCACACUAGUAAAGCUUUCUGAAACAGCAACCACGUUCGUGUCACUUGUUAGAGAAGUUCAUGUUUCAGUCAUUCUGGGCGGCUGGUAACAAAGACCUCAGACAAGGUGGCUUAGACAGCACACAUUUAUUUUCACUGUUCUGGAGCCUGGAAACUCCCAAGACCAAGGUGUCAGCAGAUUUGGGACUUGGUGACGGUCUAGUUCUGGGCUUGGAGAAGCUUGGCGCUCAGCGAGUCCCAGCGUGGCAGAGAGCUCUGGUGUGUUCCUCUAAUAAUGUCACCGGUUCCUUCCUGGGGGGCCUGCUGUCAUGACUACCUCUAAACCUACUCCAGGCACCACCGCCUUGGGAAGUUGGGCUUUGAGGAGUGGAUUUGUGUGGGGCAGAGGGGGCGGGGGCUGGGGCAUUCAGUCUGUAGCCAGCAGUCUUUGAAGGGUUAAUGAAUGUAUGUAAAUUUCCAAGCAGAGAGUCAUAUUUAUUAAACUUUUAUUUUGUCUUCCUUAUUUUUUGGAGUCUAGGUAUAAGGAGGUGAGUUAAGUCUACUUUUGUUUGUGAUGUAAUACCAUUUUUCCAUGAAAUACAGUUAAGUACUAGCAAAAUUUUGAUACAAAUUUAGUUUGCCAAAACUUGUUUAUUUAUUUGUAAAAAAGAAUUUAUUUGUUUAUUUGAGAGAGAGAAAGCACAAGCGGGGGGAGAAGCAGAUGCAGAAGGAGACUCCGUACUGAGCAGGGAGCCCGACUCGGGGCUCGAUCCCAGGACCCUGGGAUCAUGACCUGAGCAGAAGGCAGAUGCUUAACUGAUGGAGCCACCCAGGCGCCCCAUAAAGUUUACAAAUUUUUAUGUUUUUUAUUUCUUUAAGAGACUUUUUAAAAAAAGAUUUUAUUCAUUCAUGAGAAAUAGAGAGAGAUCCACACAUACAGAGGCAGAGGGAGAAGCAGGCUCCCCAAGGAGCAGGGAACCUGAUAUGGGGCUUGAUCCCAGGACCCUGGCAUCAUGACCUGAGCUGAAGAAGGCAGAUGCUUAACCCACUGAGCCACCCAGGCGCCCCAAUUUUUUUUUUUUUUUUUUUUUGGACAGAGAGAGAGAUCACAAGUAGGCAGAGGCUGAGGGAGGCAGGCUCCCUGCCAAGCAGAGAGUCUGAUGCAGGGCUCGACCCCAGGACCUUGAGAUCAUGACCCGAGCCAAAGGCAGAGGCUUAAGCCACUGAGCCCCCCAGGUGCCCCAAGUUUACAUAUUUUUUAAGUAUAAGAUUUGUGAAAUGCAGAAGUGUUUGUGCUGUUGAUUAAUGUAGGACAGUAUUACAGGUACAACUUUACCAAAAUGUUAGAUUGAAUAAAUAAAUUUCCUCAUACAGUGCCUGCAUUCUGUAUUUUCUAAGUCAGGGGCUUUUAGGUUUGGGGAUCAGGAACGGAAUUAAGUAACCCUAUGAAAAACUUGCUGGUUAAUUUGUAAGCUCAGUGAUUUUCAUUUCCUUGUCUCUGGGGUGCCUGGGUGGUGCAGUUGGUUUCAGACUAGAUCCUGGUCCUGGGAUCAAGCCCUGGGUCGGGUUCCAUGUUCAACAUGGGGUCUCCCUCUGUCCCUCCUGGUCCCGCUGUCUUUCUCUCUAAAAUAAAAUCUUAAAAAAAAAAAACCAAAAAAAAACCCCUCAAAAAACAAAAAAAAACAACUUGCUGGUUAACUUAUAAAUUGAGUGAUUUUCAUUCCUUGUCUGAAAAUAGCAAAGAAUAUUCAUAUUUUACUUCCUAGCGGUGGUAGCCAAAGCCUUCUCACACUUGCUCCAGGCAGAUGUGAGAGCCCCCACUGCCCUGAGGGCCCAUGGCAUGCUCUUGUAGAGGGAGUCGGGGUUGCAUGAGGGGUCUCCGGGAUUCAUGAUCAGGGUGUCUGGGACCGGUGGGUGAGACUGGAGUCUCUUGGCUUCUCUUUCCUUGCUCAGCUUUUCCUGCACAUUGCUUGUACUCUCUGUGACUGGAGCUCCAGAGGAGGCGAGGGGGUGGCGGAAUUCUUGAGAAUGCGACUGCAGAAAACCAGGAUUAAUACACAGACAACGGAUCCGAGGGUAGCUGCUGUUGAGAAUGGAGAGCUCGCUGCCAGAGGCGUCACUGUGGGGCCACCCUCCAGAAGAACAGCCCCAGGAGCCCCUCACGAUACUGUCUGCUCUGAUCUCUUCUAAAGAUCAAGAGUCCGUGACCUUCAAAGAUGUAGCCAUAGACUUAACCCAGGAGGAGUGGACCCUGAUGGACAGGUCGCAGAGGAAGCUGUACAUUGAUGUGAUGCUGGAGAACAUCACUCAUCUGGUGUCCGUGGGCUGUCAGUUCUUCCAGGCAGAUGUGAUUUCCCAGUGGGAGCAAGGCGGGGAGCUGUGGAGGGAAGACAGAGGACUUGCUCAAGGCUGGAAUCCAGGCUUAGAAAACAGCUAUAAAAAGGAAGAAACAAUAUCUAUGCAAGAUAUCUUCAAGGAGGACCCAUCUGACUGCGGCAUAAUACCAAAAUAUCACCCAGGAGAAAACCCCUUUGAACAUAUUGGGUAUGAUGAAGUUUUCAGUCAGACCUACACAUUGACUCAACAUGUCUUAACUCACACUGGACCGAGACCCUAUAAAUGGAGCGAAUGUGGAAAACAUUUCAGUCAUAGAAGCGACCUUUAUAGACACCAGAAAACUUUCAUGGAAGCAAAACCUUAUAAAUGUAAUCAAUGUGAUAAAUGCUUCCAUAAUAGAAGGAAGCUUUGCAUACACCAGAGAAUUCACACAGGAGAGAAACCCUAUAAAUGUGAUGAGUGUGGGAAAAACUUCAGUCGAAACUCACAUCUUCGUUCCCAUAAGAUAACUCACACAGGAGAGAAUCCAUUUGUCUGUAAUCAGUGUGGGAGUCACUUCAGAUAUUUUUCAUCUUUAACUAGACAUAAGCAUAUUCAUUCUGGACAGAAGCCUUAUGAAUGUCAUCUAUGUGGGAAAGCCUUUGUUCAAAGUUCUUAUCUUAAACAACACGAGAGAACUCACACUGGAGAGAAACCAUAUAAAUGUCUUCUAUGUGGAAAAGCCUUUGUUACAAGCUCUAAUCUUAGAGAACAUGAGAGAACUCACACUGGAGAGAAACCAUAUAAAUGUCAUCUAUGUGGAAAAGCCUUUGUUCAAAGCUCUUGUUUUAGACAACAUGAGAGAACUCACACUGGAGAGAAACCGUAUAAAUGUCGUCUUUGUGGAAAAGCAUUUAUUACAAGCUCUUGUCUUAAAAAACAUGAGAGAACCCACACUGGAGAGAAACCAUAUAAAUGUCUUCUUUGUGGAAAAGCCUUUGUUACAAGUUCUAAUCUUAGAGAACACGAGAGAACUCACACUGGAGAGAAACCAUAUAAAUGUCCUCUAUGUGAAAAAGCCUUUGUUACAAGCUCUAAUCUUAGAGAACAUGAGAGAACUCAUACUGGAGAGAAACCUUAUAAAUGUCAUCUAUGUGGAAAAGCCUUUGUUACUAGUUCUUGUCUUCGAGAACAUGAGAGAACUCACACUGGAGAGAAACCAUAUAAGUGUCCUCUUUGUGGGAAGGGCUUUGUUACAAGCUCUUGUCUUAGAAAACACGAGAGAACCCACACUGGAGAGAAACCAUAUAAAUGUCCUCUGUGUGGGAAAGCCUUUGUUACAAGCUCUAAUCUUAGAGAACAUGAGAGAACUCAUAGUGGAGAGAGCCCAUAUAAAUGUCCUUUAUGUGGAAAAGCCUUUGUUGAAAGUUCUAAAGAACUUGAGAGAACUCAUACUGGAGAGAACCCAUAUAAAUGUCCUCUGUGUGGAAAAGCCUUUGUUACAAGCUCUUGCCUUUGAAGACAGGAGAGAACUCAUUCAACAUGUACUGAAAAAUAUGGAAGAGCCUUCAGCCACAGCUCUAAUCUAAAACAAAUCUGAGAAAUCAUAAGUGGGGGAAAUUUAUGGCCAUAUUCAUUAUGGAAAUGCCUUCAUUUUAGAUUUAUCCUUACACAACAUGAGUGAACUCCAUUUGGAGGAACCCUGUAUUUAACAUCAAGGAGGAAGAGACAUUAGCUGAUCUGUGGUUGUAGGGUGCACAAGAAAAUUCAGUCUGAAUGAUAAUCUAAUCUCCCUAGAAUGGGAAAUUACACGGGAAAAUCUUUACAGAAGGAGGUUGCUCAAGGAGAAUAACAGAAAAAUUGAUGCUGGGGAGCUUACUCAUUGUAAUAUGCAUGAAAAAAAAAAACCUUUUACUAGUAGAAAUCUAUUGUAGGCAUGUGAAGUUUCACACUCUGUAGAAUAGUGAAUGAAUGGAAGUCUUCAGUGAUUUUUAAUUCCUUAGUCAACUUGCAAUUUCUCACACUGUAUAUAUGCCAUUGCUAAAAUCCGAUGAAAGUUUAGAGUUUGCAUCAGAAAUCCCUGACUAGGAAAAACAUCUAUCAAGAAUGUCUAACCACACAGUUUAGACAUUAAUUUAUAUUUUUUGCUUAAUGGCCUAUUAUAAAAAUGUAAGAAACAUAUGUAGGAUUGUGACAUCAUCUGGGAAUUCUAAAUGCAGAAUUUUAUGACAAGAUGCAAUGAUUUUUUUUUUCCCCUUAAGGGACUAGUACAUAGAACUGCAUAUGAAGCGAGGUUGUUGCUAAAAAGUACAUUAAGUUGGUCAGGCCUAUUUUUUCACAGCAAUAAUUACUGGGUUCAGCUAGAAAGUAACUAAAUAUUAACCAAAAAACAAUACAAGAUGAUGUGUCAUUACUACAUAUUGUUAACCAUGUAUGUAGAUCAUAAUGAUGAAUUAAAGAGUGAUAGUUUGUGACUGAA